CGGCUCCCGGGCCAAUGAGGACGCGUCGCGGAUCGAGUGUCGCUAUAACAGAAGAACAUCAACAGCGCGGCAAGUUUGCAGAACCCGACAGCCGCUCUGGGCCAGCGGGGACCUCCACGCUUCACACUCCUUCUUUCUUUUCUUCUGCUAAACUCAGGUUGCCACGCCCUCUUUCAACAUGUCUGACACCGAAGACUACGAUCAGACGGAGGAGUACGACGAGGAGAAGCCAAAGUUCAAGCCGAGCGCUCCCAAGAUCCCGGACGGCGAGAAAGUGGACUUUGAUGAUAUCCAGAAGAAGCGUCAGAACAAAGACCUGGUGGAGCUCCAGGGCCUGAUCGACGCCCACUUCGAGUGCAGGAAGAAGGAGGAAGAGGAGCUCAUCGCCCUCAAGGAGAGGAUUGAGAAGCGUCGCGCCGAGAGGGCCGAGCAGCAGAGGAUUCGCACCGAGAAGGAGAAGGAACGCCAGGCCAGACGCGAGGACGAGCGUCGGAUCAAGGAGGAGGCUGACGCCAAGAAGAAGGCCGAGGAGGAAGCCAAGAAGAAGUCCGCUCUGUCCAACAUGGGAUCCAACUACAGCAGCCAUCUGCAGAAGGCGGACCAGAAGCGAGGAGGAAAGAAAGAGACAGAGAGAGAGAAGAAGAAGAAGAUUUUGGCCACCAGACGCAAGCAGCUGAACAUCGACCAUCUCAACGAGGACAAGCUCAGGGACAAGCUCAACGAAUUGUAUGAGUGGAUGUGUCAGCUGGAGUCGGAGAAGUUCGACCACACAGAGAGGCUGAAGAGGCAGAAGUACGAGGUCACCACCCUGCGCAAGAGAGUGGAGGAGCUCAGCAAGUUCAGCAAGAAGGGAGCCGCCUCCCGCCGCAGGAAGUAGAUGCCACCGGUGAACUUAGUUUAGCUGAGAAAAGGCACCAUGUCGUCAUCGCCCACCGCUAGCCACUAGCGGCUAGCUGCUAAUGAUAGCAAUAAAAACACGUUGGACCUCCUCGCUCUCUCGACUGUUUGGUUCUCAGUAUUUUUGUAAAUAAAAGUUUGACUCUUCAAGAAGA